UAAACUGGCUUCUAGGCGCGGGGCUGUGGUUUGGGGCAAGCGGGAGAAGGCCGAGGGCGGAGAGGAUUAGCCAUGCGGGCCGUCCUGACCUGGAGGGAUAAAGCGGAACAAUGUAUAUAUGACCUCACAUUUAAACCUGAUGGAACUCAGCUGAUUUUGGCUGCAGGAAACAGACUACUGGUUUACGACACAUCCGAUGGGACCUUAAUUCAGCCCUUGAAAGGACACAAAGACACUGUAUACUGUGUGGCAUACGCUAAAGAUGGCAAACGUUUUGCUUCUGGAUCAGCUGACAAAAGCAUUAUCAUCUGGACAUCCAAACUGGAAGGCAUCCUGAAGUACACGCACAAUGAUUCCAUACAAUGUGUUUCCUACAACCCGAUUACCCAUCAAUUGGCUUCUUGUUCCUCCAGUGAUUUUGGCCUUUGGUCUCCUGAGCAAAAAUCUGUCUCUAAGCACAAAGCCAGCAGUAAAAUCACCUGUUGUAGCUGGACAAACGAUGGCCAGUACCUUGCUUUGGGGAUGUUCAAUGGUGUCAUCAGCAUUAGGAAUAAAAAUGGUGAGGAGAAAGUGAAGAUAGAGCGUCCGGGAGGUACUCUCUCCCCUGUCUGGUCCAUAUGCUGGAAUCCUUCAAGAGAUGAACACAAUGACGUUCUGGCUGUGGCAGAUUGGGGUCAGAAACUCUCUUUCUACCAACUCAGUGGCAAGCAGGUUGGUAAGGAUAGGACACUGACUUUUGACCCCUGCUGCAUUAGCUAUUUUUCCAAAGGAGAAUAUAUCUUGCUGGGAGGAUCAGAUAAGCAAGUCUCCCUCUUCACCAAGGAUGGCGUACGUCUCGGGACUGUUGGAGAACAGAACUCCUGGGUGUGGACUUGUAAAGUUAAACCAGAUUCUAACUAUGUGGUGGUUGGCUGCCAGGAUGGAACCGUUUCCUUCUACCAGCUGAUUUUCAGCACAGUCCAUGGACUGUAUAAGGAUCGUUACGCUUACCGGGACAGCAUGACUGAUGUGAUUGUCCAGCACCUGAUCACAGAGCAGAAAGUUCGAAUUAAAUGCAAAGAGCUCGUCAAGAAAAUUGCCAUCUACAAAAACAGAUUAGCUAUCCAACUUCCAGAGAGAAUACUGAUAUAUGAAUUAUAUUCAUAUGACAUAUCAGAUAUGCAUUACCGAGUGAAGGAAAAAAUCCUCAAGAAGUUUGAAUGCAACCUGCUGGUGGUGUGUUCGGAUCACAUUAUCCUUUGCCAGGAGAAAAGGCUGCAGUGUCUGUCCUUUAGCGGAGUGAAAGAAAGGGAGUGGCAGAUGGAAUCUCUCAUUCGUUACAUCAAGGUGAUUGGAGGCCCUCCGGGGAGGGAAGGCCUGUUAGUCGGUCUGAAGAAUGGUCAGAUCCUGAAGAUCUUUGUGGACAACUUGUUUGCCAUUGUACUGCUCAAACAGAGCACAGCUGUUCGGUGCCUGGACAUGAGUGCAUCCCGAAACAAGUUGGCCGUGGUGGACGAAAACGACACCUGCCUGGUGUACGACCUUCACACCAAGGAGCUGCUUUUCCAGGAACCAAAUGCUAACAGUGUGGCCUGGAACACUCAGUGUGAGGAUAUGCUCUGUUUCUCUGGAGGGGGUUACCUCAACAUCAAAGCGAGCAACUUCCCUGUUCACCAGCAGAAGCUUCAAGGCUUUGUCGUGGGUUACAAUGGCUCCAAGAUCUUCUGCCUGCAUGUUUUCUCCAUGUCUGCUGUGGAAGUGCCGCAGUCUGCCCCUAUGUAUCAGUAUCUGGACCGGAAAAUGUUCAAAGAAGCCUACCAGAUUGCUUGCCUAGGUGUGACUGAAGCAGAUUGGAAAGAUCUGGCCAUGGAGGCUUUAGAAGGAUUGGAGUUUGAAACAGCCAAAAAGGCAUUUACCAGAGUACAAGACCUUCGGUAUUUAGAACUGAUCAACAAUAUUGAGGAGAGGAAGAAGCGUGGAGAGACCAACAAUGACUUGUUUCUCGCAGAUGUUUAUGCCUACCAGGGAAAGUUCCACGAGGCAGCUAAACUGUACAAGCGGAGUGGGCAUGAGAAUCUUGCUCUGGACAUGUUUAGUGAUCUGCGCAUGUUUGACUUUGCUAAGGAUUUCCUUGAAUCUGGAGACCCCAAAGAAACAAAGAUACUAAUCACAAAACAGGCUGACUGGGCCAGAAAUACCAAUGAACCCAAAGCAGCGGUGGAGAUGUACAUUUCUGCUGGAGAGCACAUCAAAGCCAUAGAAAUCAGUGGUGAACAAGGCUGGGUAGACAUGUUAAUAGACAUAGCUCGGAAACUGGACAAAGCAGAGCGGGAGCCAUUGUUGAAGUGUGCUCACUACUUUAAGAUGUUGGACAACCCCGGCUACGCUGCUGAAACCUACAUGAAGAUUGGGGACCUGAAGCAUCUGAUAGAGCUCCAUGUAGAAACUCAGCACUGGGAAGAGGCCUUUUCUCUGGGGGAGAAGCAUCCUGAAUUUAAGAAAGAGAUCUAUGUGCCCUAUGCUCAGUGGUUGGCAGAGAACGAUCAGUUUGAAGAAGCGCAAAAAGCAUUCCACAGAGCUGGCAGUCAAGGCGAAGCGAUAAAAGUAUUGGAACAGCUAACCCACAAUGCUGUAGUGGAAAGCAGGUUUAACGAUGCAGCAUAUUAUUACUGGAUGCUGUCCAUGCAGUGCCUUGAUAUAGCUCAAGAUACAUCACAGAAGGAAGAGAUGCUCCACAAGUUUCACCACUUUCAGCACUUGGCAGAUAUUUAUCAUGUGUACCACUCCAUUCAGAGAUACACGGAUGAACCUUUCAGUUUUCACCUCCCAGAGACACUUUUCAAUAUCUCCAGAUUCCUGCUCCACAGCCUGACCACGGAGAUUCCCUUAGGGAUCUCUAAAGUCAAUACACUCUUCACCCUGGCCAAGCAGAGCAGAGCCUUGGGAGCGUUUAAAUUGGCUCGUCACGCUUACGAAAAGUUGCAGGGUCUGCAAAUCCCAAUGAGGUUCCAGAAGUCCAUUGAGCUAGGCAGCCUGACAAUCCGCUCCAAGCCCUUCCAUGACAGCGAGGAGCUUGUGCCCCUGUGUUAUAGGUGCUCCACCAACAACCCCCUGCUCAACAACCUCGGGAAUAUCUGCAUUAAUUGCCGGCAGCCCUUCAUCUUCUCUGCUUCUUCGUAUGAGGUUUUGCAUCUUGUGGAGUUCUACCUGGAGGAAGGGAUCACAGAUGAAGAAGCUAUGGCACUGAUAGACCUGGAGAUCCCCAGAGCAGGCAAGAGAAUGUACCAGUGGAAAGAAACAGGAAGUAGCGAUUCCCAAAGCCUGCAGCUGAGUGAGAAGGUGGGAAACAUCGAAGAAGAAGAUCCAUUUACUGCCAAACUGAGCUUUGAGCAAGGAAACUCCGAGUUUGUCCCUGUGGUGGUGAACAGGGCGGUCCUGCGCACCAUGAGCAGACGAGACGUCCUGAUUAAGCGUUGGCCCAAGCCGUUGCCAUGGCAGUACUUCCGCUCCCUGCUCCCAGAUGCUUCCAUCACAAUGUGCCCUUCGUGCUUUCAGAUGUUUCACUCAGAAGAUUAUGAGCUGCUGGUUCUGCAGCACAACUGCUGUCCAUUCUGCCGGAGACAUAUCGAUGACACCAUUUAGUGACACCUCGACUGCUAGACGCUCCACUGACUGACACGUCAGGGUUUUCUGGAGGAAUGGUGCAACACAGACUUCUCAUAUAUUCAUUUGCUUUCUUGCUUUGUUUGGGUCAGGCUUCUUUUUUAUUUUUGAGAUGUUUUAAUGAGGAAGAGGAGAAAAAGUCAGAAUGUUGCUUAAUGUCCUGAUGAAAUUUGUAUUUUUAUGAACUAGUAUAUCUACUGAAUCCCUAUUUAUGACAUUUUCUGCUUUGUAAGUAGCAGUUAAAUGUAAAAG